AUGGAUCAUGGCGAGACCUUUCGAUCGAUCUACAUAAAGCUGAAAACACUUUCCAUGAGUACCCGUUGUCCACAAGAUUUUUCGGAGGUUCCAUCUAUUCUAAUGGAGUACUUUUUCAAUGACUUGUCGGUUAUGCAGUCGAUUCUUCGAAGUCCGAGUGGUGAAUGCAUAGAAGUGGAAGAUGCUGCUUGCAUGAUCGCAUCACGAUUUGCCUUCUCUUCUUUGGAAAUUAUGCAACAGGCAUCUUACGCCUUGUUUGAUCUGGAACUUCAUGGUCCUGAUGCCCCUCGUUUAAUACGAGAAAAUCGAAUAACUACAACGGAUCUCUUUCACAGCAUUGUCACCAAGAGCGCGAGAAAGAUACCGCUUUUCAACACAGAUUCCAUCACUUGGUGCAAUACGGAGCCAAGUACUAUUCAUAUCUUGUCGCAAGAUCUGCUGCAAGCUUGA